AAUCUUCAGAAUCUGCCAAUAGUUGAUGUUGUAGUUGACCCCUAUUUGACCUGUAACCUUCGACCUCAUCAGCGCGAUGGUAUUCUCUUCCUGUACCAAUGCAUCAUGGGAUUUAAAGAUUAUUAUGGUUUUGGAGCUAUUCUAGCAGAUGAUAUGGGGCUGGGUAAAACUCUACAAUGUAUUACAUUAUUAUGGACGUUAUUAAAACAAGGUCCAUAUGGAGGUAAACCUGUUAUUAAAAAAGCUCUGGUUAUAACACCAGGUAGUUUAGUUAAGAACUGGUACGCUGAGUUUAAGAAAUGGCUAGGUAAAGAAAGGUUGAAUAUUUUUGCAGUUUCAGCAAACCAGAAAGUUCAGGAAUAUAAAUCGUCCAAUAUCUAUCCAGUAUUAAUCGUAUCCUACGAAAUGUUUGUACAAACGUAUGAUCUAAUCAAGGGAGAGAAUUUUGAUAUUGUAAUUUGUGACGAGGGACAUCGAUUAAAGAAUACUGCCAUUAAAACUACUUCUUUGAUUAUGAGUUUAGGAACAAGAAAGAGAAUUGUUUUAACUGGUACUCCUGUACAGAAUGAUUUACAGGAAUUUUUCUCUAUUGUUGAAUUCUGCAAUCCCAAUAUUCUAGGAACAAGUUCAGCGUUUCGUCGUGUGUAUGAAGAUCCUAUUGUAGCGUCUCGUCAGCCUGGAUCAAGUCGAGAAGUUGUAAAUCUAGGUGAAGAAAGAGGGGCGGAGUUAUCACGAUUAACUUCCAUGUUUAUUUUAAGAAGAACUCAAGAAAUUAACAACCAAUAUCUACCUCCUAAAGUUGAAUUGGUAUUAUUUUGUAAACCAAGUCAGUUUCAACUGGAGAUUUAUCAUCAGUUUUUAAAGAGUCGUUCAAUACGACAGUGUUUAUUAGGUUGUAUGGACGGAGCACCUCAUCUCAUCUGUAUUGCUGCAUUAAAACAACUCUGUAAUCAUCCACGUUUAGUUUAUGAUAAAGCUAUCCAGGCUGCCGGACCAACUGAUGGGGAAGAUCUCGUGGAGUCUGUAUAUUCUGGAUUGUCCCCCUUGUAUCCAUCAGAUUACGAUGAUCAACAACUGGUAGCUGAGCAUUCUGGGAAGUUAAUGGUAUUGUCGGCCAUAUUAACUGCGGUUCAUCAUCCUGCUAGUCGAGAAAAAAUAGUUCUAGUUUCAAAUCACACUAAGACGUUAAAUAUACUAGAGAAAUUUUGUCGUGGAGAAAAUUAUAAAUUCGUCCGACUUGAUGGUUCCACACCGACCAAUCAGAGACAAGAUAUUGUACAGAAAUUUAACAACAAAUACUCGCCAGAAAGUGUAUUUUUAUUGAGUAGUAAAGCUGGUGGAGUAGGCUUGAAUCUGAUUGGUGCAUCUCGUCUCGUACUUUACGAUAUAGAUUGGAAUCCAGCCAAUGAUCUUCAGGCGAUGGCUCGAGUAUGGAGAGAUGGACAGAAAAAAAAAGUUCACAUUUACAGAUUGUUAACUACAGGGACAAUAGAAGAGAAAGUAUAUCAGAGACAGAUCAGUAAACAGGGACUGAGUGGGGCUGUUAUCGAUCUCAGAAAUAAAUCAGAUGUUCAGUUUUCUAGAGAAGAUUUAAAGGAUCUGUUUUCACUGAAUGAAUCAACUCUCUGUGAUACCCAUACUCUGUUAAACUGUUCUUGUGCUGGAAAUGGUGAAGACAUUAAAUCACCAUCAAUAUGUAAAACUCUAGUAUCCAGAUCUUGUCAACUAGGACAACCUCAACUAUCUGUUAAGGUAGGGAAGAAUUUAUCGAUGGAUGAGCUACAUGAUUGGAAACAUUUAGUUGGUUCACACCGGGACCUGAAUCCCGACUGGUAUCUUCAAGGAUUAGAGAAUUAUUUAUCUUAUAUCUUUUAUAAUGAAACUAAAAAUACAGAGAUAUUAUGA